AUGAGGCCGCACAUUCGGAAAGCUGUCGCUACCACUGCCUUUUUAAUAAUUCUAAGGCUUGCAAAAAAAAGAAAACAGAAAACUAAACGAGAUUCUUAUACCAGUCUACAGUAUCUAUUUCGUAUAUCAAAACAAAGGAUAUCGGUUAUAGUUCCUGAAGUCUGUGAUGCUAUUAUUGAGGUGUUAAAGGAUUAUGUUAAGAUAACAUCAUCCGAAGAAGAGUGGCUUACCAUAGCGAAAGAGUUUGAGAGCAAAUGGAAUUUCCCACAUGUCAUAGGAGCAAUGGAUGGGAAGCAUGUUAUAUUACAGUCGCCGAUAAAUAGUGCCAAUGAUUAUGACUGUUACAAAAUGUUUCCAAGUAUAGUGCUGUUUGCUUUAGUUGACGCUAACUAUAAAUUUCUGUACGUAGACGUUGGCAGCAAGGGACGUAUAUUAGAUGGCGGUGUGUUUAAAAACACCAAUUUAUAUAAAAAGGUCGAAAAGAAGGAAUUGAAUAUUCCUCCACCAGAAAUAUUACAAAUACCGUAUAAAAUUGCAGUGCCCUAUUUUAUUCUAGGCGAUAAAGCUUUUGCUCUCAAUGAUUACACAUUGAAACCUUAUGAAGGUACUCCAGAAAGAGGUUCAAUAGAAAGGAUUUCCAAUUACAGGCUGUCCAGAGCAAGAAAAGUUGUGGAGAAUGCCUUUGGCAUUUUAAGCUCCGUUUUUAGAGUACUAAGGAAGCCGUUACUAUUAGAACCAGAAAAAGCUACGAAAAUCGUAUUAACUACCAUAUACUUAUAUAACUACUUGCGUAGAGAUCAAGCUUCCUCGCAAAGGUUCACUCCCCCAGGAUCAUUCGAUGCCGAAGUUGAAGGGACAGUUAUACCCGGCCGAUGGCGACAGGAUACAGAAAUCUCAUCAAUGCUAUCUAUUCAAGCCAUACCACGGCGAGGAUCAACAAAUAUAAAAGAAAUACGUCCACAUUUAGGGAGACAUUUCAUAACAAACGGAGCAAUUUCUUGGCAGAAUAAUUAUCAGUAA